AUAUAUAAAAGGGGGAGGAGGUAAACAAAAAUGAAAGUGAGAUUGGAAAUAAUUUAGGAGGGAAGAAAGAAAAAGCGCAGCGAGAGGGAACAAUGGAAAAGGGCGGUGAGGCGACGAUAGAUCUAAAACGAGACGGCAUCGAGAAUCUGAGCAGCCGUGUUCAUCUACUUCCCUGCUGCAUCAAGCACGACGGUCCCACCGAAGUUUCUCACUAUUUCAAACCUAAACCCACCGGCGUCGUCGGAGAAGAUGGUUUACCAUUACAGCAAUCACAUUUUAGAGGAAGGUUACUCGAAGGAACUACUCUUCCUCUUCCUCCUAACUACUCUGGUUUUGUUUUGGGAAAGAAAGUUUCGUCUAAAAAAUCCAGUGAAAGCUCUGAUUCUUGGGAGACUAGUGCUACGUUUAAUGAUAUUACGUAUUGGAAUCACGACUAUGUUCCUUCUCAGAAUGAUGAUUUCUUCCGUGCUUUCCAUUGGAUUACUGUUGCUAAAGCUCUGCAUACUCCUGUGACACCUGAGGAGUUAGAGUCAUCGCCUUUAACACUCUAGCGGCACAAUGGCUCUCCCACAAAAUGCUGAAGCUGUCAUAUUUCCAGUUAAUUUAUUCCUGUAUUUUUUAUGCUUUUGUUGUACUUAAGUAAUAUGUUGUCUUCAGCAGUCCCAUUGUAUUUCCCCCUUUUAUACUAUCCAGUUUGUCUUCACUAUAUGUGAAUACAUCUUGUAUCAUAGAUGGAAAACUUGCUACCUCUAAUAGCUAUAUAGCACAUCAUGUCUAGAAUAUCUCUACUGGAGGAAGAGAAUGUUUUGCAGUAUGCAUGACUAGGCACUGGGAAGAUGACCGCGGAGUAUAUCAUAUAUGGAUGAUGAUCGGUUUCUUGAAGAGUGUUCAAGUCUCAAGAGCCAGCUCCAUUAUUAUUGUUUUCUUCGUUUAAUUAUUAGUGAGUCUUGUUAACUUUUUAUAUUUAAAAAUAGUUUGAACGGAA